GUUUCCUGAUCUGUUUAAAAGAAGAAGUAGAAAAGAUAAAUCCUCUCUUCAAUGCCUGGAAAGGAAAACAAAAUGACCUCAACUCCGCUUUGAAAAAAUCUUUCCAAGAACUUUCUUCAGAGAUUUUACUCAUAUAUCUGUAUUCUGUAUUUCAGAGAUGAUUGACGCAAUGAAGAAAGAACAGAUUUUUUGGGUUUCUGUAUAUCUGCUGCUUAGUUGUGCCUCUGCCCCUCUUAAUGCUGUUCCUGAGGAAGGUGAAGAACAUACAAACAUUACAGAUGCUGAGUUGCCACCGUUGAAACUUGUACAUUCAUUUUGUGCAUUGAAAGCAGAUGAUGGCCCAUGCAAAGCAAUGAUAAAGAGAUUUUUUUUCAAUAUUCACACUCAGCAAUGUGAAGAAUUUAUAUAUGGGGGAUGUGAAGGAAAUCAGAAUCGAUUUGAAAGUCUGGAAGAGUGCAAAGAAAAAUGUACAAGAGAUUAUCCAAAGAAAACUAGAAGGACAAAGACAACAUUGCAAAAAGAAAAGCCAGAUUUCUGCUUUUUGGAAGAAGAUGCUGGAAUCUGUCGAGGUUAUAUUACUAGGUAUUUUUAUAACAAUCAAUCAAAGCAGUGUGAACGCUUCAAGUAUGGUGGGUGCCUUGGCAAUCUCAACAACUUUGAAUCACUGGAAGAAUGCAAGGACACCUGUGAGGAUACAUUGAAUGAUUUCCAGGUGGAUGAUUAUAGAACCCAGCUUGAUGCUGUGAAUAAUGACUCCUUGACUCCCCAGCCUACCAAGGUACCCAGCUUCUUCGAAUUUUAUGGCCCCUCCUGGUGUCUGAGCCCAGCAGACAGAGGAUUAUGUCAAGCCAAUGAGAGUAGAUUCUACUACAAUUCAAUCAUUGGGAAAUGCCGCCCAUUUAAGUACAGUGGAUGUGGAGGGAAUGAAAACAAUUUUACCUCUAAAAAAGCAUGUCUUAAGACUUGUAAAAAAGGUUUCAUCCAAAGAAUAUCAAAAGGGGGAUUAAUUAAAACCAAAAGAAAAAGAAAGAAGCAGCCAGUAAAAAUAGUAUAUGAAGAAAUUUUUGUUAAAAAGAUAUAAAUUUGUUAUAUUACAACAUUAUUUCUACUAAAUAUUUUGGAUAAA